AAACUAAGCCGCCAGUCGAACAUUUGUCCAACAUUUCAACUGUGCACGAAUAAUGUUUUGGAAGAUGGUAGGUUCUGCUCUGCUUUUCCAAAGACGUAUCUCUCCUUCUUGUACCUCCUUGAGUUCACUGCAUUUCACCAGUUCAUGAAGAUGGGAGGGACUGGCAAGGCCAUCCGACGUUCCAUCGUACUCCUCCUCCUCCUGCUGAUUCUUCGGCAUAGCAGGGGCCAGGAUCCAUACUACAGCUGCCCAGGCAACGCGACGUACGCAACUAACAGCACCUACCAAGCCAACCUGGAGAGUCUGAUCUCCUCCUUGGCAGCAACCGCCUUCUUCAACAAUGGCUUCAGCAGGGAAUACAAGGGGAGCUUCCCGGACCAACUCAUGGGCCUUGCCCUCUGCCGGGGAGACGCCACUCCCGAUGAUUGCCGGAACUGCAUAGCCGUUGCCGGGAGACUAACUCUCCAGAUCUGCGCCAACAAGAAAUCAGCUGUCCUGUGGACGGUCCACUGCCUCCUGCGCUACUCCAACGAAUCUUUCUUUGGUCUCGUUGAUUCACAGAACGAGAUGACUCUAAUGAACACUGACCCUCUCCGUACCCCAAAAGCGUUCGAUCAACAGGUUGUUUCACUGCUGCGCAACCUCACACAAUCGGCCACUAGAUCGAACGGGUCGAGUCUCAUGUAUAACACGGGCAGCAUCACCUAUACAAACUCCAGUUCCUCCACGACCGUCUACGGAUUAGUACAAUGCACGAGAGACCUGUCACUCCAAGACUGCAAUUAUUGCCUGAUGAACGGAGUGGCUUCUCUCUCUAAAUGUUGCAGUCACAGUUUGGGCGCUCGGUUUUUAACAGGAAGCUGUAUUGUGAGACGUGAGACGUAUCCUCUAAGCACUAGUGCGGCGUCUGUUUCUUCACCGGCAGCACCACCAUCUACCGAUAAUGAAACAUCUCAUGGGAGGCGAUGGGCAAAGCUGCUGGUUGGGAUUGGGGUGUCUUUCUUGGUGGCAACUCUGUGCGCGCACUGUGUCUUGUACAUACUUUAUCGGAGGAGGCACAGGGAUGGAUGGACAAAAGCGGGCAAUUUCCAAGGUGAGGAAGAAAAGGGAAGUGGGGAGCCCUUGAUUUUUGACCUGGCUUCUCUGAAAGCUGCUACACAAGAUUUUGCAGAAGAAAAUAAGCUCGGAGAAGGCGGAUUCGGUCCUGUCUACAAGGGAAUGCUGCCCAAUGGCGAAGAAAUUGCCGUAAAAAGGCUGUCCAAGAGUUCCGCACAAGGAGCCUCGGAAUUCAAGAACGAGGUGCAAUUGAUUGCAAAACUUCAGCACAGGAAUUUGGUUAGGCUUCGGGGUUGUUGUUUAGAAGGAGGAGAAAAGAUGCUCAUCUAUGAAUACGUCCAUAACAGAAGCCUUGAUACUGUUUUAUUCGGGAAGAGAACGGUAGGCAAGCAACUGGAUUGGGGAACACGAUUUAAGAUCAUACUGGGAAUUGCGAGGGGACUUGUCUAUCUCCAUGAAGACUCAAUGCCCAAGGUCAUUCACAGGGAUCUCAAGGCAAGCAACAUCCUGUUGGAUAAGGAAUUGAAUCCAAAGAUUUCAGACUUUGGGACAGCAAAGAUUGUUGGAGUGGAUCAAACCAGGGGAAACACGAGCCGAAUUGCAGGAACAUAUGGAUAUAUGUCGCCCGAGUAUGCAAUGCAGGGACGAUUCUCUACUAGAUCAGAUGCUUUCAGUUUCGGCGUGUUGCUGCUGGAGAUCGUAAGCGGGCGCAGUAACAAUUCUUUCUACCAAUCUGAUCGUUGUCAAGAUCUUUCAGCCUAUGCGUGGAGUCUUUGGAAUGAAAACAGAGCACUGGAGAUGGUGGAUGAGGCAUUAUUGGGUUCACUGCAGGGAAGCGAGGCGCUGAGAUGCAUCCAUGUGGGCUUGUUAUGCGUUCAAGAAGAUGCAGAGGCGAGGCCAACAAUGUCGGCGGUCGUUCUCAUGCUCAGUUACGCAUCGACGGUCCUCCCUCUCCCCCUCCCUCCCGCCUUCUGGUUUGCCAUGAAAGGCACUGCCGAAACAGACAUCUCAAUCGGCGAGUCUGAGGUGGGUGCGGCUGGGUCAGCUCAGUCUACUCCUGGCAAUGCCACCUUCAGUGUAUGGGGCGACCCACCAGGACCAAAAACCUCCGUGAACUAACGACUUAAUGCCAGUCCUUCUAGUUUUCUUCCUUAACCUGGGCUUGCAUUUAGACUCGUAAAGGAACCAAGACCACUUCAUACAAUUAUGGUUUGGUAAGUGACUUCCAAUCGCCACCAAGGAGGUUCAGCAACAUCAUUUCGAGUUUAUGGGGUAUAGAUAUCUGCCAUUUUUCGAGCUUAUGUGUAUGUGUGUGGAGGGUGUGCGUGCCUGCGUACGUGUUUUACACGGGUUCUCUAGUUUUGUCCCACGAAAAAUGGGUAGCUGUGGUUUUAGUGGCCUGUUUAUCUCCUGUGUCGACGUUGUUCUCUGCUUCGAGCAUAUUGUGAUUACGCACAAAACUUUUUGUUACUCUUGAAAAACAAAACAGAGUUCGAAGUUGCAUGCAACACAUUUUUAAAUUUCCAAA